UUCGGCCGGGAUUCAUGACACACGUCUGGAUUCCUCCUCGCUAUUUUUGACCAUUUUAAAGUUUAUUGUAUCAACUCGUAUUGAGCAAACAACGCCGGCAGUGGUAUCAGUGAAAGUUGCGAAGUGCGGAGUUCAGCGGGAAACUUCGUAUUUAAGUUAGAGUCAAGUGCUUUUGAAGUGCGAGUCGUGUUAAGUUAUGGUAAUCUAAAAUGGAUUCAUGGGGACAGCUGGAUUUUACUGCGGCGGUGGUCGUCAGGGACGAUUUGAAUACCAGCUUUAGGAGAUCUAGGAAAACUACAAUCGAGAAAUUACCGGACAAGGUCCUACUUCACAUUUUUAGCUACCUGACCCAUAAGGAAAUAUGCCAAAUGGCCAGAGUUUGCAAACGAUGGCGAAUGAUCGCUUAUGACACCAGACUAUGGAAGAACGUCUCACUUAGGCCAGAAAUAUCAGGUUUACAUGUUGGAUCUUUAGAAUCUUUGUUGGCUUUAAUCAGUAUUAGAUUUGGACCAUCUUUAAGGUACAUCGAACUUCCAAUAGAACUCAUCACACACACAGUUCUUCACGAACUAGCCAACAAAUGUCCAAACCUAACUCAUAUGCUGCUAGACUUCUCUACUGCCAUGCAGCUUCACGACUUCAGUGAACUUCAGGCCUUCCCCACCAAGCUGAAGUACCUUUGCAUCUGCUUGUCCGAAGUAAUUUUCAUGGAAGGUUUCAUGAGAAAAAUAUACAACUUCAUCAAUGGCCUAGAGAUCCUUCAUUUGAUCGGUACAUAUGAAAAAGUGGAGGAGGAAGAAGAGGAGAUUUAUGAAGUUAUCAAUGUCCAUCGAUUAAAGAGUGCCACGCCCAAUUUGAGAGUGAUCAAUUUGUAUGGUAUUAAUUUCGUGGACGAUACGCAUAUUGAUGCUUUUAGUUCGAAUUGUAUUCAGUUGGAAUGUUUAGCUGUCAAUUACUGCAAUAAAGUGACAGGAAGCACAUUGAAAACUUUGUUUCAAAGGAGUAGAAGGUUGAAGUGUUUACUUAUGAACGGCACCAAUUUAAAAAGUGAGCAUCUUCUGCAAGCAGAUUGGGAAAAAUGCUCCCUACAAGAACUGGACAUAACAGCAACGGAUCUAUCUACAGAGUGUCUUCAAGAUAUGCUCACAAGACUCCCAGGCCUAAGAUUCCUAAGCGCAGGCCAAAUUAACGGUUUUAACGACUCCGUGUUGAAAUCCUGGUUGGAUUCGGGAAAUGCGAGGAAUUUAGUUGCCCUAGAUCUAGACAGUUCAGAUAACUUAUCGGAGGAUGCCAUUUAUAAGUUUUUAUGUAAGCACGGACAUCAAUUAUGGGGGUUGGGUUUGUCUGGUAUGACCCAUAUUACAGAUUCGCUGUGGCAGUCUAUAUUGCCCAUCCUAUCGAAUGCUAAGAUUAUUGUUAUGGGUACACAAGAACGUUUGGGAGUAAAUAUCCUGGCAGAUCAACUGAUGGACAGUAUAGCGAAAAAUUGUGCCAAUUUGGAAAGACUCGAAUUGAGAUGGGAUCCUGAUAAUCUAAGGUUUUCAGACAAAAGCCAGAAAGCAAUUGACACCUUGAGAGUGAAAUGCUUGAAGCUCAAAUGUCUUAGUUUAAGUGAUGGUCGUUACUAUGAAAUUGUCAAGGCGAAUUUCGAGCGAGCUGACCGUAUGACGGUAGUCAGAACCCUGACGAAUUGUCGAGUGUCCAACUACUACCUGUUAUCGAAUUACAAGGAUCUAAUAUUUAACUGAAUAAAACCAACUGCUAAUUUAAAUAAUUAAUUUAAUUAUAAUAGUCUCUUAAUUAUUACAAAUUAUAUAAUAUAUUUAAAAUAGUGCCAGUUAAUAAAUAAUUAACAAAAAAAAUCAUGUUUAUAUAAAGAGAAUGUUAUUUAAUCUUUUUAAGAAAUUUAAGUCGGAAUAAAGUCUUUCUAAGCUAA